UACUCAGAGCCCAUCAGUGCAAAGCCCAACCACCACCAGGCCCAUCAGAUGCAAAUAACAACAAAAUCAAUAUUCAUUAAUUAAUUCACAAUAUUUAUAAUUAAUUAAUUAAUUAAUUGAAUAUAGCUCACCCAUAACUUCCUCUUAAGCUACUGACUGCACUCGCCUGAGAGAAACGUCCUCUACCGGAAACCGCCUCACCACCAAUAAUGCAGUGCCACUGAAACUGAUUCAUUUUUUUUGAUGUGGUGUUGAAAAGCUGAAGGCGGAGAAUUCGACGACGUGAUUUCCCCUCCUUCCGUCUGUCUACUCAGAAAGUUUUUCAAUCUCUUUCAUUUUCCCCAAACGUCCUACGAUUUGUUAUGUCAGAAAAUUCACGGGAUCUAACUGCUUCUGGGGAAAGUAUUAAUGUUGGACCAGACUUCUUUGGUUACUAUGCAAGUGAGGUUGCACAAUUACUGUCUCAAGAUGAAUGUCUUUUUCCUUUUCCUCAUCCAGUUACUCGCUUAGCCGGAAACCUUCAUGAUGUGGUCAGAGAAAAGGCGUCAACUGAGAGUGGUUGCAGAAACAAAAAAUAUAUUGGUAUUAAGGGUUCUGCUCCAUUGUUUUCUACUGGAAUAGGAGCUCUACUUUCAGAUUUCAAGAAGGAACGAUUGAAAAUACUGGUUCGGCAGGGGGUUUUUACUCUUACUCAGGAGGUGGAUGAGAUGAUAGAUCCUGUUAUUUCCUUUUGUCGAUUACAAUCAUCUUUGAGAUGCAAAGACACCCUUUUAGGCUUGGAUGCCUCAACAUGCAAGGCUGAUCAGCCUCAACACCCUCACAAGAGGCUCAAAGUCUUACCUGCAUUUUCGGAUUCAGAAGGUGAACAUAUGAAUGUGGCUUUACCAGAAAAGGAAUCGUCCAAUGAUGUUGUGAAGAAAUGCAGCCAUUGCCAAACAACUAGUGCUCCUGAUGGGACCAAGUCUAUUUGCCAUGCCUGUGGGCUUAGUUAUGCAAAGAAUCUGGAGAAUGUAUCGUCUAUGAAUUCUGAUACUGAAGCUGGCGAAAUAAGUAGAGAUGUAGAGAUUGAUGAUGAUUUGAGGAUUCUCUUAGAGAAUGAUAGUGCUGUGGUCGAGGAACUUAUGAAGAAGCACUUUGAUGAGUUCUCUGGCACGUUACAUCACAUGGAGCAGAAACUUGAAGAACUUCUGAAUAAUUUAAUGACCAGUUGCAGGCCAAUGACCAUUACUGAGAAGCAACGACUUCGUAAAUUGAUUCAGAAUUUACCGCCUACAAAUCUAGAGCGAGUGGUGGAAAUCAUUGGACAUAGUAAGCUCUCAGAGGGAGAUUCUUGUGAUCAAGUGCACGUUGAUCUGGACGAAGUGGAAGAAGUUACACUGUGGAGAUUGUAUUUCUAUGUUACAACUGUCCAAGGUAGCAUCACUCUAUGAAGAUUGGGAAUAGAGAGAGAGAGAAAGAGAGAGGCUUCUCUUACAGUCCUCCUUAUGUACAGCCCCAGCUUAAUAUUUUCCGUUGAUUGUAUACAACAAAGAAGCCUGCCCCCAACAUUCAAUACUGUUUUUACUUGUAAGUCUUCAACCAUAAUAAUUAGCCUUUGUUAUUCAUACGUACAGUAGAAAAAUCGUUCUUCCUUUCAUCAAAGUUAACAUAAUAGAAAUAUUUUCUGUCAAGCUGAAACCAAUACAUUGUUGACAGAAAGAAACAUAUAUUUGAAAUAAUCAUGAAAUGACAAUUUGACAUACUUAUGAACUUCAUGUACCGUGCUGAAACCAAUACAUUGUUGACAGAAAGAAACAUAUAUUUGAAAUAAUCAUGAAAUGACAAUUUGACAUACUUAUGAACUUCAUGUACCGUAUUACUAUGGACUCACUCGUUUGGAGAAAUUGAAAUGAAACUGGAGGUGAAAUGGGGAAUAAUAUUCGUAAACGUAAUAAUA